AUGGGACAUCGUGGGAAUCAAUUCCACAUGUAUUCAGGAAAAAUGGCAGCUACCUUCAUGCCACGAUUACGCCAAAUGACGGGCAUCUCUUCUGCGUCGACGCGAGCCUAUUUGCGGCAUAUCCCUCGAGCUACCUCAACUUUCAGCAAAAGAUUCGCAUCCACCGAACCAGAACCAAUCGCUACAAUAACCAAAAAGAAUAAGAAAUCACCGGUCCGAAAGUUCAUAUUUCGCGCUUCACUAGCUGUCGCUCUGUUUGGUGGCUAUCUUUAUGUCACCGACACUCGAGCCAACGCUCAUAGAUAUAUCGUCGUACCAUUUGUUCGUUGGUGGUUUCCGGAUGCAGAAGACGCUCAUCACGCCGGUGUCGCUGCGCUUAGGGAGCUAUACAAGUUUUGUUUACAUCCGCGAGAGCGCAGUUCUCCAGAUCUAGAUGGGAAGCUGAGCACAGAGGUCUUUGGCUACACUCUUUCCAAUCCCAUAGGAAUUUCGGGAGGAUUAGACAAAAACGCUGAAAUCCCCGACCCUCUCUUUGCCCUAGGUGCAGCUGUCGUAGAAGUCGGCGGCACCACUCCAUUACCUCAAGAUGGCAACCCCAGACCACGAGUAUUCAGAAUAGUCUCUCAGUCAGGAAUGAUUAACCGAUAUGGUUUGAAUUCCAAGGGCGCCGACCACAUGGCCAAGGUUCUGAAACAGCGUGUUCGUGACUUCGCUUAUGCCAAUGGGUUUGGGUAUAGUGAUGCCGGGGAAGAGCGUGUGUUGAAUGGUGAGGCUGGUGUGCCACCUGGCAGUUUGAAUCAGGGCAAACUGCUUGCUGUUCAGGUUGCCAAGAACAAAGUUACGCCGGAGUCGGAUAUUGCUGCUGUUACGGCAGACUAUGUGUAUUGCGUCGACCGAAUCGCGCCGUAUGCAGACAUUGUGGUAGUCAACGUGUCAAGUCCCAACACUCCCGGCCUGCGCGGACUCCAAGCAACAGGACCCCUAACCGAAAUCCUCAAGGGUGUCGUGGGCGCUGCAAAACGUAUUGACCGCAAAACCAAGCCCUUCGUCAUGGUCAAAGUAAGUCCCGACGAAGACUCCGAAGAGCAGGUCGACGGUAUAUGUCACGCUGUGCGCGAAUCUGGCGUCGACGGCGUCAUUGUCGGCAACACGACAAACCGACGACCUGGCCCUCUACCCAACAGAUCCCCACUUACGCCCAAGGAGAAACUAACCAUGACCGAGACGGGUGGGUAUUCCGGUCCACAACUGUUUGAGCGUACGGUAGAGUUGGUGUCGCGUUACAAGCAGAAAUUGAGUGAUGCGGAGUCACCAAAGACGAUUUUCGCGUCGGGCGGUAUUACGAAUGGGAAGCAAGCACAGGAGGUGCUUGAUGCGGGUGCGUCGGUUGCGAUGAUGUAUACCGCUAUCUCGUUUGGUGGAACAGGCACUGUCACCCGGGUAAAGAAUGAGCUUCGCGAGGCAAAAAAUAUCUAA